CUGUCAGAUUGUCAAUUGAUAACCUAUAGGUAAAGUUAUUUAUUGUUGUAAAUUGAUUGUUUAAUUACGUCGUAAUUUUUAUUCGUUUAUAAUUAUGUAUCCUCGAUGUGGCAGCAGUGGUUCUAUUCAAAAUAUCCAUCAAACUCCGUCGUCAUCUAAUCAUAAUUCAGAAGACGAAGAUGAUAGUGGAGAUAACAAGGCAUCAGCUCUAAGCUUCAGAGAAAGGCGAAGAGAGGCCCACACACAGGCAGAACAAAAAAGAAGAGAUGCUAUAAAAAAAGGUUACGACUCCCUACAAGAGCUGGUGCCCACAUGUCAACAAACAGAUGCAUCUGGUUACAAACCAAGUAAAGCAGCGGUUUUACAAAAAUCCAUAGAUUACAUUCAAUAUUUGCUUCAACAAAGAAGAAGACAGGAAGAAGAAAGGAAUGCACUACGUAAAGAUGUUGUAGCACUACGCAUUAUGCAGGCUAAUUACGAACAGAUUGUUAAAGCUCAACAUUCAGUACCCGGACAUAAUGAACAGAGGCUAACUGAUCAAGAUAAAUUUCAAGUGUUUCAGGGUAUAAUGGACAAGUUGUUUGAAUCAUUUGAAUCGGUACCAACAAACAAUUUCGGUGAUUUUUCUGCUGGCGUAUUUAAUUGGCUGGAAGAAUACUGCAAACCACAAUCAUUAAGAACUUUGGUACACGGAGUCUUACGGGAACAAAAUUAUACACCAUAGUUUUAUUUUUAAAAUUACAAGUUUUUAUAUGUUGUUAAUACACAUUUCAUUAUAUUGUAUUCAUGUACAUUUUGUAUAUUACAAAUGAAAUAAAUACUAUUUAAAUAAGCUUAGAUAAUAAGACAAAAGUUGUAUACAGUUUAUAAUAGAUUAUUUUGUAUAAAUGUUGCAUAUUGAAU